AUGAAUUUCCUUUUACUCCUCUUUCUGGUGUUCUUUGCGCCUCUCCUUCUAUUCCUAGCGUGGCUUGCUCUAUCGUCUUGCUUAGGGAGUCGCCUUCGCUCCCGGUUCACGCGGGACUCACUCAGAGAGGGCAUGGAUGGCUACGGAAGGGACUAUCUCCGAGGAAUGGCUGGCUCCGGGCCUGCCAUGUCUGAACAAAUCGAACUGGAGAAUAUGCUGAGAGAUUCGGACCACGAAGAAUGA